AAAUGGAGACACAGAGGGGUCAGAGACGAAGGCUGAUAAAUGGAGACCAGUCUUACUUUCAACACUACUAUAUAACCAAUAAUUUGAGGAGCAAUGUAAAGUUAAGUAUGACGGAUGAUGAUGGUGCGAGAGAGGAGAUUUUAGACCACGUGAGCGUGAACACAUUAGAAGUGGAGGAGGAGGAGGAGGAGGAACUGGGGAUGAGACACCACGAUCAGGAGGCUCUUCUUCCUGGAAAAUCUACUGCCACACAGAUAGCGAACGCGUAUGAUGCGUUGUUAUCGAAGAUAGGGAUAAACUGGCAACUGGUAGUGAUUAUCACUUGCUCCGGUAUUGGGUUGUUAUCUGAUACUCUCGAGAUAAUGAGCAUCAGUUUUGCAAAAGACGACAUCUCCAAGCAGCUCAAGUUGUCAAGACAAGAAGAAUCUACUCUGGCAGGAGUUCUCUUUGCAGGCAUGUUGAUAGGCGGGCUGGUAUGGGGGCGCGCAGCUGACAUUUACGGUAGAAGGCGCGUUCUCCUCAUCAGUCUCACUAUGAAUGGGAGCUGCGCUGCGUUCUCGGCUCUUACUACCACAUUCUGGAUGUUCCUUACUGCACGCUUCUUCAGUGGCAUUGGUGUAGGUGGUUCCCUCCCCAUCAUAUUCUCAUACGUAUCGGAGUGGGUUCCUCGCAAACUAAAGGGGGGUAUCAUCAGCACAGUGGCCACUUGCUGGAUGGUGGGCUCUAUUCUCGCUGCAGCACUCGCCUGGGCUGUUCUCCCCUAUCCUAUACUUGACCCUUACUGGAAGUCAUGGAGAGUAUACCUAUUGUUGUGCAGUCUUCCCAGUCUUCUCUCCGUCUUCAUUUACUCGUUUCUAUCAGAGAGCCCUGUAUUCCUCAUUCAGAAGGGGAGACAUCUGGAAGCUAUUGAUGCUCUACGCCGCCACGCUUCAGACAGCCCUGCCGUAUCUCAAGAACUAGGAAACUUGAAGAGACUGUUAGAGGAUGAAAACUUUGUAACACCGCAAAAUGAGCAAUGGUCGUGCUCACUUUUCAUCAAAGAGUUUCUGUGGGGAGUGGUAGAGUUGUUCUCCGAUAAUAUGCGGAAGACUACGAUUAUCCUGAUAGCUGUGAUUCUUCCAGUUCACUUUGGAUAUUACGGGUUCAUGCUGUGGUUCCCGGAAUACAUACGGUCUCAGUCGAACAGCUCCCACAUACUGCCCCCAGACUACGUUUACAAAGAGAGUGUGUACGUCUCCUUAGCCUCACUUCCGGGAAAUAUUAUCAGCAUAUUUCUCACGGACUAUGUCGGUCCUAAACCUAUACUGUGUGUCAGUCAGAUGUUGUCUGCAGGUUCAGUGUUUCUUCUGUACGAGUUCAACUCACCUGACCAAACUGUUCUACUGACGUGUCUCUUUAACGCUGUUACUGCUCCUAUUUUCAACAUGGUGGAUGUGCUUAUUCCUGGUCUCUAUCCUACUCAGUCCAGAGGAACAGCGUUUGGUUUCCACGGCGCUCUGAUAAGAAUUGUAAUGAUAGCGGCUACUUGGACGUACAGUCUCUUCAUAGACACUUCACCAACCGUGCCUAUCUUACUGACCGCUGUUCUUAUGUUAACUUCAGCUAUCAUUUCGUUCUUUGUUCCUAGAAUCACUUCUGUUAAUCAUUGAACUGUGUUCAAGCUGUAGGCUAUGGGAGGGAGGCUGCUAUUUUAUAUUAUACUAAUCCUACCUUAAAUCUCUAAUCAAAUAAUUGUUGAAAUUUCUUAAGAUUUAAAUUAGGAGCUAUGGCCCGUGACAAAACAAAUGGUCGUGAUUUCUUUAGUUCUUAAAUUCAAUGUUGAAUGUGUAAUCUUAUAUCAAACUGUAUUUCUUUUUCUUUUUUCAAAAUGAUAUACUUUAUAAAACAUACUCAGAUGUUUGGGCAGUGAUGUGGAGCUAUGGCCUGUGACCGAAAAUAAAUGGUCUUGAUUCAUUUCGCUCCCACGUGCAAUGUGUUAUGUAAUAUUGAAAUGUAUUUUUUUCUUUCUUUCAAUAAAGAUAAUAAGAUUUAUGACGAGUUUUUAUCAUUUUUUUCCUGGUUUUGCUUUUUGUUUUCAACCAAUUUAUUACGAUCAGAACGAAUGAGAUUUAUUUUUUGGCAAUUUUAU